AUGUCUCGUGCGGUUGGCACGUCGUCGUGGGCCGAUGAGGACGACCGUGUUAGCUACCGCCGAUCGCCCGACGAGCUGCUCGCCGAGCUGCUGGCGACGCUGCGCACCGAGGCCCCCUUCGAACUCGGUCGGCAGCCACUCUCGCCGGCUAUCGUUUUCCGCGCCGCCUACAGUGGGACCGAAGCGUGGUACGCGCCCCAGGCGAUGACCUUGGACGAACAGGUCGAGGGGUUGCAAGUCAAUCAGGCGGGCAUCGACAAGCUGCACACUUGGCUGGCCGAGAAGCGUGUGGUCUACGGGGUGAACACCGGCUUCGGUGGCACCGGCGUGUUCAAUAAGGGGCUCGACGACGAGGGGCUCCGCCGUCAGCAAGAAGUGCUGAUCCACGGGCUGCUCGUUCAUGCGGGCGGGCCCACUUUGCCGGCGUCGACCGUGCGCGCGUCGAUGAUCGUUCGAGUCGUGUCGAACCUGCUGGGGGUUUCGGCCCUGCGGGAAGAAGUGAUGCGGCUGUUGCUGCGAUUGCUACAAGAAGAUGUGGUGCCGCUGGUGCCGAUGAAGGGCUCGCUUACGGCCUCCGGCGAUUUGGUUCCGCUGGCCUACAUCGCGGCCAUGAUGCAAGACACCGACGACGAUCGCGUGCAGGUGCAAUGGCGCGGUCGCACGAUGAGCGCUCGCAAGGCUCUCGACGAGUUGGGCCUGCGGCCGAUCCGCUUGGAACCCAAAGAAGGGUUAGCCCUGGUGAAUGGCACUUCGGUGGCCGCGGGGGCGGGCUGCCUGGCGGUGGUGCAGGGGCUGAACGCUUACUUCCUGUCGAUGGUGCUCACGGCGUUAGCCAACUGUGCGGUGCGGGGCACGUUGCAGUCGUAUCAUCCCUUCACCGCCGAAGUGAAACCACACGCCGGACAGGUCUAUGCGGGGAGGUUGAUCUUCAACCUGCUGCACAGUGUUUCUGACAGGCUGGUAAAGAAGGACGACAUCCGGGGAUUCGCCCCCGCCCACGAUUUCCGCCUGUGGCAGUUGACCUAUCCGUUCCGCUGUGCGACACAACAUUUGGCCCCCGAAUACGACGUAUUAUUGGGGACCUACAACGACCUGGGCAUCGAAAUCAAUUCGGCCUCGGACAACCCCUUGAUCCUCAACGACGAGCACCGGCAGUUCAUCGUUUCGGGGGGGAAUUUCCUGGGGUCGACCAUCGCGCGGGAUAUGGACAAGCUGAAGGUUUCCAUUCACUCGAUCGCCCGACUGGUGCAUGCCCAAUUCAAGUACUUGGUGCGUGGUGUAGAGCACAUGAUCAGCGCCACCGAACACGAGACCGUUCGCGAGCGGUUCAUCGGCCCUCACGUGAUUCCGCUCAGUUCGCACCCGGCCGACAACAUGGGUUUCCAGGGGGUUGAGAUCUACAUGGAUGCCCUGCUUUCGGAAAUGAAUCAGAAGGUGGGACCGCACUCCUCGACGUACCUUCCCUCGGAGAUGGAGAACCAGGCGAUCGUUUCGAUGGGCCUGGCCGCCGCGCGAGGAGCCCAAGACAUCGCCGAAGAUACGAACUACUGCCUGGCCGGGCACUUGCUGGCCAUUUGUCAGGCGUUCGAUCUGACGACCCUGCCGGGAGACGUGGUUCGCGAGCACGAAUCGAAACGCACGAACGCCGUGAUUGAGAACCCGCGGGCGGAAGAGUUGGGCCACCUGAGGGCGGCUUACGAUUUUGUCCGCCGGGAGUGUGGGAUUCCCACGGUGUUCACCAGCACACGCAUGCAUACCUACAUGGACGAGUUAGUCCGCCGAAUCGAGCGGCUCGAUCUGUUGUCUUAUUUGUUUGAACAUUCUAUUCAGCCGGCACUGGCCGACGAUGCAUAUCAACGCUAUGGCCGGCAACCGCCGAGUCCGUAG